CAGAGCGCACUCAGCUCCGCGCCGCCCAGCGCGAGUCCCGCCGGCCCCGCUGGUCCGGCGGCCCCGGCGCGGCACGUCCCGCAGAGCGCAGCAGGGCUCUCGCGACCGGAGCAUCUGGACAGGGCGCUGAGCGGUGGCGGCGAUGUCAGGGCGCGGGGCCCCGGGCCCCGGAUGGGGGCUGCUGCUGGCGCUGCUGGCGCUGGGCGAGCUGCCGCGGGCGCAGGGCGUCGAGGAGAUUCCUGGCGGCGCGCACGGGGAGAGCCAGGGCUUCCAGGUGGUCACCUUCAAAUGGCACCACGUCCAGGACCCAUACAUCAUCGCGCUCUGGAUCCUCGUGGCCAGUUUGGCCAAGAUCGGCUUCCACGUGUCCCACAAGGUCACCAGCGUCGUCCCCGAGAGCGCACUGCUCAUCGUGCUGGGCCUGGUGCUGGGCGGCGUCGUCCUGGCGGCCGACCACAUCGCCUCCUUCUCACUCACGCCCACGGUCUUCUUCUUCUACCUGCUGCCACCCAUCGUGCUGGACGCCGGCUACUUCAUGCCCAACCGCCUCUUCUUCGGCAACCUGGGCACCAUCCUGCUGUACGCCGUCAUCGGCACCGUGUGGAACGCGGCCACCACUGGCCUGUCCCUCUACGGCGUCUUCCGCAGCGGCCUGAUGGGAGACCUGAACAUCGGGCUGCUGGACUUCCUCCUGUUCGGCAGUCUGAUCGCCGCCGUGGACCCAGUGGCUGUCCUGGCCGUGUUUGAGGAGGUGCACGUCAACGAGGUGCUGUUCAUCAUCGUGUUCGGGGAGUCGCUGCUCAACGACGCCGUCACCGUGGUCCUGUACAACGUGUUCGAAUCUUUCGUGACGCUGGGUGGUGACAAGGUGACUGGCGUGGACUGCGCGAAAGGAAUAGUGUCCUUCUUCGUGGUGAGCCUGGGGGGCACGCUGGUGGGGGUCGUCUUCGCCUUCCUGCUCUCGCUGGUGACGCGCUUCACCAAGCACGUGCGCAUCAUCGAGCCCGGCUUCGUGUUCGUCCUCUCCUACCUGUCCUACCUCACGUCAGAGAUGCUGUCCCUGUCGGCCAUCCUGGCCAUCACCUUCUGCGGCAUCUGCUGUCAGAAGUACGUGAAAGCCAACAUCUCGGAGCAGUCGGCCACCACGGUGCGCUACGCCAUGAAGAUGCUGGCCAGCGGGGCCGAGACCAUCAUCUUCAUGUUCCUGGGCAUCUCGGCCGUGGACCCUCUCAUCUGGAAGUGGAACACAGCUUUCGUGCUGCUCACACUGGUCUUCAUCUCUGUGUACCGGGCCAUUGGUGUCGUCCUGCAGACCUGGGUUCUGAACCGGUACCGGAUGGUGCAGCUGGAGAUCAUAGACCAGGUGGUCAUGUCCUACGGCGGCCUCCGCGGGGCCGUGGCUUAUGCCCUGGUGGUCCUUCUGGACGAGAACAAGGUCAAGGAGAAGAACCUGUUCGUCAGCACCACCAUCAUCGUCAUCUUUUUCACUGUCAUCUUCCAGGGCCUGACCAUCAAGCCCCUGGUGCAGUGGCUGAAGGUGAAGAGAAGUGAACAGCGAGACCCCAAGCUCAACGAGAAGCUGCAUGGCCGGGCUUUUGACCACAUCCUCUCAGCCAUCGAGGACAUAUCAGGGCAAAUUGGACACAAUUAUCUCAGAGAUAAGUGGUCCAAUUUUGAUAGGAAGUUCCUCAGCAAAAUCCUUAUGAGAAGGUCAGCCCAGAAAUCACGAGACCGGAUCCUGAAUGUUUUCCACGAGCUCAACCUGAAGGACGCCAUCAGCUACGUGGCUGAGGGAGAGCGCCGCGGGUCCCUGGCCUUCAUCCGCUCCCCCAGCACGGACAACGUGGUCAACGUGGACUUCAGCACCCCGCGCCCCUCGACCGUGGAGGCCUCCAUCUCCUACCUGCUGAGGGAGAACGCCAGCGCGGUGCGCCUGGACAUGCAGUCCCUGGAGCAGAGGCGACAGAGCAUCCGCGACACGGAGGACAUGACCACUCACCACACGCUGCAGCAGUACCUGUACAAGCCCCGGCAGGAGUACAAACAUCUCUACAGUCGACACGAGCUAACUGUGGACGAGGACGAGACGCAGGACAAGGAGAUCUUCCGCCGGACCAUGCGGAGACGCCUGGAGUCCUUCAAGUCGGCCAAGCUGGGCGUCAGCCCGCACAAGAAGGCCUCGAAGCUGCUCAAGAGGGAGCGCGUCCAGAAGCGGAGAAACAGCAGCAUUCCCAACGGGAAACUGCCGAUGGUGAGCCCCCUGCACGAUCUCACCAUCAAGGAGAAAGGUACGGCUGGGCCGCGGCAGCAACGCUGGUCAGCGGGGACUCAGGAACGCGCGAGGGGCAGGCGGGUGCAGAGCGCUGUCCUUCCAGGGAGACCCUUCCCCUCGGCACGCAGGACCCUCCUGCACAGGCUGCUGCCCUGCUCUUCCCGCUGCAGCCGCUCUGGUGCGCAGUGCCCUGGAGCUGGGCUCCGCAUCCCCUUCCCCUGUGGCCACGUGGUCCCAGCCCCUCCCUUCCAGCUCGCCCCCGUCCUCAGAAAGGCCAAGUGUGGCUGGGGGGGGGGGGCAGCGGGAACCCCCGGUGUGGUUCUCUUUGCCCAGCCCCGUGCUGGUGCGACCCUGAGGGCACCGCCGUCCGUGAGCUGCCCAGAGGCUGCUGGGUGA